AUCAUUUUUUUUUUGUAAAUAUACUUUGUUUUUUUUUGAAUUCUUCAUUCAUCAUGUUAUGUACUCGUAGAAUGAUGACCUCUUUUAUUUCACGACCAAUGUAUUAUUAUACAAGUUUUGCUUAUUCGACUGGUAAAUCAAGUUGGAUUCCAGUGACUAAUGUACCAGUUCAAGAAUUUGCCCAUUCUGCGUUUUUCUCUUUGGAUAGACCAUUAUUAGACUUGUACAACAAAGAACCAUCAACAACGACAAUUACAUUGGAUAUCAGUAGAGAUGGCCAGUGUCAUAUCUCACCUCAUCAAAGUCUUGCACAGGAUCAAGUAGCCGAUUAUCUAGUGGCCAUGCAACAGAAAUGGUCUCAAAUUGAACACAAGAAGAAACGACGAUCUGCAAAAAAACAACUCUUAUUAUUGAAACGGGACUUUUUUGAAAAGAAUUAGAAAAUUUGGUCGGAUGGGUGUUUUGUACAUAUCUCAAUUUUUUUGUUAGUUAAUUAAUAUAUCAUUUUUAGUUAAGUAUAUCUUUUGAAUAAAAAAAAACAUAUUGUUAU